CUAAGUAUGAGUAUCACACACUGGAUUACCUCUCCCCUUCUCUCUAUAUGUCUCUGUUUUUCAUUUCUUCCUUCAAAAAAACCAGUUGAAUCGGUGAUCCGUCGAAGAAGCUUUCUCGACAAGAAAUGGCACCUAUUAGGGCUGUCCUUAGCUUGCGAAGAGCAAUUCUGAUUCAUCGUCAUAGUGAAGCGAUUGUUCUAAGCAGGAAAGCUUUCAGCACUCAAACUGCUACUCCAUCUCAGCCCCCUCCACCACCUGCUAAAACACAUUUUGGUAACCUAAAAGAUGAAGAUCGGAUAUUCACCAAUGUAUAUGGACUACACGACCCAUAUCUCAAAGGUGCCCUAAAACGAGGUGAUUGGUAUAGAACGAAAGAUAUAGUACUGAAAGGAACUGAUUGGAUCGUCAAUGAAAUGAAGAAAUCUGGUCUUCGUGGACGUGGUGGUGCUGGUUUCCCCUCCGGUCUCAAAUGGUCUUUCAUGCCAAAAGUAUCGGAUGGCCGCCCUUCUUAUCUUGUUGUAAACGCCGAUGAAAGUGAACCGGGAACAUGUAAAGAUAGGGAAAUAAUGCGACACGAUCCUCACAAAUUGUUAGAAGGUUGUUUGAUCGCGGGUGUGGGAAUGCGAGCUUCCGCUGCUUACAUUUACAUAAGAGGUGAAUACGUUAACGAGCGUCUUAAUCUCGAAAAGGCUCGAAAGGAAGCUUAUGAUGCAGGUUUAUUAGGAAAAAACGCUUGUGGGACAGGUUAUGACUUCGAGUUAUACAUCCAUUACGGAGCGGGGGCUUACAUAUGCGGAGAAGAGACCGCGUUAUUGGAGAGCCUCGAAGGCAAACAAGGCAAACCGAGGUUAAAACCGCCUUUUCCCGCGAACUCGGGGCUAUACGGCUGCCCGACAACCGUAACAAACGUUGAAACGAUAGCGGUUGCUCCGACAAUUCUCAGGAGGGGCCCAGAAUGGUUUGCGGGUUUCGGGAGAAAAAACAACUCCGGGACAAAGCUAUUUUGCGUGUCGGGCCAUGUGAAUAAACCUUGUACGGUCGAGGAGGAGAUGAGCAUCCCAUUAAGGGAGUUGAUCGAGAGACACUGCGGCGGCGUCAGAGGCGGUUGGGACAAUCUAUUGGCGGUUAUUCCGGGGGGGUCGUCGGUUCCUUUGCUUCCGAAGAGUGUUUGCAAUGAUGUGUUGAUGGAUUUUGAUGCACUUAAGGAGGCUCAAUCGGGGUUGGGGACAGCUGCGGUUAUGGUGAUGGAUAAGACUACGGAUGUGGUGGAUGCGAUUGCCCGGCUUUCGUAUUUUUAUAAGCACGAAAGUUGUGGGCAAUGUACGCCCUGUAGGGAAGGGACGGGAUGGCUUUGGAUGGUUAUGGAGAGGAUGAAAAUUGGGGAUGCGAAGGUGGAAGAGAUCGAUAUGCUUCAGGAACUGACGAAGCAGAUCGAAGGGCAUACUAUUUGUGCUUUGGGUGAUGCUGCAGCUUGGCCUGUUCAGGGUCUUAUUCGUCAUUUCAGGCCAGAGAUGGAGAGAAGGAUUAGGGUUCGAGCCGAGAGGGAAUUGCUCGAGGCUGCAGCUGUUUGAGGUUUGAAAACAAAAUGGUGUUUUCUUGUUUUGCUAUUUUUUACAGAGUAAUUUUUUGUUCAUAAAUGAUCUCUUCUAACUGCUUUCUCAGAGAUCAUAUGAUUGAUUAUACUCAAAUCAUCAAUUCUUUUUGCCUGUAAGGAAUAAUUUCACUGUGGUGAAAAUAUUUUAU